CCCCGACAUCUUUGCCUCAAUUUCUAAUCCUCUGUGGCGCAGAAUAAGGAGGAAAUUAAGGCCUAGAUCCUCUAUUUAUAAGUUUCCAUCACUCUCUUUCUCUCUUCCCCUCUCCCCCUCCUCCUCCUCCCUCUCUCUCUCUCUCUCUCUCUCUCUCUCUCUCUCUCUCUCUCUCUCUCUUUUUUUCUUCGCUAUCUCAGAGCAACCAUCUGUCAGACAGGACCAUUGAAACAAGACCCCAAAUGGAGAUCGAAUCAGUGAAGUGUGAAUGCUGUGGACUCAAGGAAGACUGCACCCAGGACUACAUAGUGGAGGUGAAAUCAAAAUUCAGUGGAAAAUGGCUAUGCGGGCUGUGUUCAGAAGCUGUCAGAGAUGAAAUCAUCAGAGGCAAGUUCGCGUAUGGGAUUGAUGAAGCAAUCAAGGCACAAAUAGCCUUCUGCCGGAAAUUCAAGUCCAAUCCGGCCGUCAAGGUCGCCGACGGCAUGCGUCAAAUGCUGAGAAGAAGAUCAGGGGAGUCUUCUUCAGCCAAGAAGCUGCUGAGGUCUGCCACCGCUCCCCAAAUGGGCCAGGACAGGCUUUCAACCUCUGCUGCGCUCUCAAGCACGAGCUUCCUCUCUAGCUAUGCUAGUUGAUGAAGAUGAUGAUGUUGGUGUCCUCUGUUUCUCUUGCCUCUGCUUUUCUCGGAUCUCCAUUGAUCAGAUGUUGUAUAUAUAAAUCUUCAAUUUGAUUGAGUUUCAGCUA